UCAAUCAAAAUCAAGAUGGCUGCGCUGUGUGAUGGGCAUGAUGGAAGUGAUGACAUGCUGGAACCAAUGGAACCUUCUGUGAAAAAUAUAAUUGACCAGACUUCUUUAAAAUGGAUAUUUGUAGGCGGUAAAGGAGGAGUGGGGAAAACAACUUGCAGUUGUAGCCUGGCAGUUCUGCUAUCAAAAUCCAGAGAGAGUGUGCUUGUUAUAUCUACAGAUCCUGCUCAUAAUAUAUCAGAUGCUUUUGAUCAGAAAUUUUCCAAGAUACCAACCAAGGUGAAUGGAUUUGAUAACUUGUUUGCGAUGGAGAUUGAUCCCAACCUCGGAAUGGCGGAGCUUCCUGAUGAUUACUUAGGAGAGGAAGAUGCAAUGAGUCUGGGUAAGCAGAUGAUGCAAGAUAUUCUUGGUGCCUUCCCUGGAAUUGAUGAAGCCAUGAGUUUUGCAGAGGUCAUGAGACUUGUUCAAGGCAUGAAUUUUUCAGCAGUGGUGUUCGAUACAGCACCCACUGGUCACACACUCAGACUUCUGUCCUUCCCAUCAGUUAUCGAGAAAGGUCUCGGCAAGAUCCUCCAACUCAAGAACCAAUUUACACCAUUUGUACAACAGGUUGGUGGUUUAUUGGGAAUGGCGGAAUUCAAUGCGGAUACAAUGACAUCAAAGCUAGAGAGUAUACUGCCAAUAAUUCAAAGUGUAAAUGAACAAUUCAAAAAUCCGGAGCAGACAACCUUUGUAUGCGUAUGUAUAGCUGAGUUCCUAUCAUUGUACGAGACGGAGCGGUUGGUACAAGAACUGACUAAAUAUGGCAUUGAUACACACAACAUCAUAGUCAACCAGCUUAUACUUCCCAACAACCAUUUAACAGCGGCAAACUGCAAAAUGUGUCAAUCGAGAAUUAAGUUACAAGCCAAAUACCUAGAUCAGAUUAAUGAUUUAUAUGAAGAUUUCAACAUCACCAAAUUGCCACUUCAAGAAUUAGAAAUUAGAGGGAAAGACAAGGUGGUAGCUUUCUCAGAGAAGUUGUAUACACCAUGUACAUUUUAGCUAUUAAUAAGUUUUAUUUUAAAAGGAAGUUUAUGGUAUACCGGCCAACUGGUAUACAUCUUGCUUACACUUUUUCCACAUUUAGCCAGUUGCAGUUAUCCCAAGUCACCCGCAAGUCACCGCAGUCUCUUGGAAAUCGGAACAGACUACAUCAACCAAACAAGAAUCUCUCGGGAAAUUACCUAACUCCCGCAAAUUAAUUAAAAUCUGCACGUUUUUACAACUGUACUACCCCAUUAUUAACAUUAACAUUAAAACAAAACUAAACGUGCUAAGGAAGCUUGUUUGACAGAUCGGGAUGGCGAGUUGGAUGGCUGAGCGGUUGAGGCUGGGGCACGGCAACCUACAGCCAUAAUAUCGGCGCUGGUUCGAAUGGCACACUCACCUAUGGUUCUGUUGGUGGAACAAGUCUUCUCGUAUAAGAACUACUGUAUAAAUCGUAGGCCCAUUGUACACAAUGGCUUAUGUGCACUAUAAAGAACCCAUUACAUUUUUAAAAGAUGGGUUACCCCGGUGUACUGGUUCAUAGAGCCCCUAUUGUGCUCAGACAAGAGAUAGCUAGUACUGGUUUACAGGGUAGCUCAAACACAAAGAGACCCUUAGGGGAGAAGAAUGUUACUGUGUGAGCUAUUCCACACUUUGAGCGCUUCUGUAUAAAGUGCUAUAUAAAUUCAACCACAUUACAUUACAUCUUGGAAAUGACUUCUUCCAACUUAGGACGACUGCAGUUGAUUAUUCAGGUACACUUGAAGCCACUACUGAUUGUAGGUGUAAGCUAAUUGCUAAAGCAUUUUUUUUAUAAUGGUGCCAGUUUCAGGGCAUUAAAGUAUUUAAUAUAUUGGUUGAACUAUACCCUAACCAAGUAGUCAAACAAUCCAAUUUAUAUAUACAAUUCAAUUGUUGAAAAUAAUAAUGUUCAUUACAUCUUACUAUAUAUACAUUUUGGUUUAAUAAGUAUGUUAAAAUGAUACUUGUACACUUUGGACUUUGAGGGAAUAAAUAAGAGUCAGCUAAUUUAUUUAUUCAAACAUCUAUGGCAGCAAAGCUGAAUUGAAGAGGUGCUCAAAAAAUCAUACAGAUAUUAAAAUCUGUAGCUACUAGAAUACAAUGCAAUAUGACAAGAAUUAAAAAUAUUAAAUAGUCAAUAAGAAAUUACAAGAACAAUGAAUUAUAUAAAAAUUAUUUAUUUUCACCCAAUUAGAGUGUUACCGGUUUGGCGCUAGCAAAGAGUCCGAAGGGGGAAAAUAUUACCCCUGUCGGGGAUCUCUGGACCCCCUGUCUUGGAUUUUCCAGCAAGGUCGUCAGGGAAAAAUCAAAUCUCGAGUGCCAAAGGUACAAGCAUGCCCAGCUAAACUGUCAAAUUUUAGGGAUUAAAAACUGUUUAGUGUGAGGUGCUGUAUACUAUUGCAAUCGAAUGCGUUGCAGUGAUGGCGCCAGCUCUUCUCCAACAGGGAGACCAGUACCUUGAUAGAGUGAUUCUUAACUUGCAUGGUUUUCUAUCUAAUUAUCCUAUUUAAAUAAAGGAUCCCAUAAUUAACACAAUGUUAUUAUUUUUUAAUAAAAAAAAUUCUCCUACAACUUUUAUUUGGGGGUAGCGACUUGGGGCUUCUCUGACAGCGGGUGUAGACCCCUUGGCGGGGAUGUUGGUCCCCUCGGCGGGGAAUUCCUGGCACCGCCACCCCUGAGUAUUACUUUAAAAUAUCAAAGAAUGGUUUUUAAUAGAAACUUUAAGACUAAUCUCAAAUGCAAUAAAUUGCUAAUUUUGAUUGAAAAGGACAUAAAACAAUUCAAUGAAACAUCAAGAAUUAAGAAAAGACAUGCUUUUAUUUUGUUCCUCUUUGAGUACUGUUAUUAUUUAUCUAUUUCUUUAUAUUCUGUUAUGGUGCUACAAAAGCCAACUAAAUUUGAAUAUUAUUUACUAUGAUUUCCAAGCUGAAACCUCGGUAAAAGCUUUUUCUAUCUUAACCAUAGCUCCACUAUGUAUGUGAGCAUUUCAGUCUGUUGUAUGAGAGAAGGUGCCUGGGAGUUAGAUCUGCACAUACACCUUUGUGGUCUAAAGGUAUUAUACUUACCUUGAUAGUAAGAGGUUGCAGGUUCGAAUCCCACCAGACUUUUUUUCACACAAUUGACAAAAAGGAACUUUUCAUUGAAAAGCUAUGCUUGAUAUGAUUAUAACAUCAUCUUCCUAUUUGAGCACUGUUAUUAUUUAUUU